AUGAACAACGAGUAGUAGAUGAAGGGAGUAUGGGAAUUGUGGGGAAACGUCGCGAUUCAACCAAAAAUCCUAAACGUCUCAAAAUUCUGUAUUUCAAGACUUGGAGCUGAUGGCGGUGAAGAAUUCUUCGCUAGUUAUGAUGAGGUUUACGACAGUUUCAAGGCUAUGGGGCUGCAGGCAAAACUGCUCAGCGGUAUCUAUACCUGUGGUCUUGAGAAGCCCUCUGAGAUUCAUGUUGACUGUGGUGGAGUUCAUGUUGUUGUCGGUGCUCACAUCAAAAUGUUUGCUUUGGAUGUAGCAGAUGAAAUGCUUUCCCUGGGGUUCAACUUUCAAGGAUCAGAUAAAUAACAUCUUCAAGUUGCUUUCACCGAAGAUUCAAGUUGGUGUGUUCUCUGCCACCAUAAGCCCUUGAAAUCACAAGGAAGUAUAUGAACAAGCCUGUCCGCGUUCUUGUGGAAGGUAACGAGCUAACACUUGAGGGUAUCAAGCAGUUCUAUGUUAAUGUUGGCGAGGAGGUGUGGAAAUUCGAAACCCUCAGUGAUCUCUAUGACACCAUGGCCUCCACUCAAAGUAUCGUCUUCGUUAACACGAAGCGUAAGGUUGACUGGCUCAUUAACAAAAUGCGCUACCGUGACCAUACAGUCUCUUCCACCUACGGUGACAUGGACCAGAACACUAGAGAUACCAUCAUGAAAGAAUUCAGAUCCGGCUCUUCCAAAGUCCUCAUCACCACUGAUCUGCUGCCCCGUGGUAUUGAUGUCCAGCAAGUCUCUCUUGUCAUCAACUAUGAGACCUACCUGCAUCGUCUUGGAUGAAGUGGGCGGUUUGGGAGGAAGGGCGUGGCCGUAAACUUUGUUACCAACGAUGACGAACACCUGCUUUCCGACAUAAAGAAGUUCUACAAUGUCGUAAUUGAGGACAAAAUUGAGUUUAGUGUGAGACCCUACAAUGCUAUAGUUGAGUCACUAUAAAUUUUGGAGACCUAUAACUUUGGUUAGGCUUCCUUUUUUUGCUACAGUCAAAUUUUGUACCAGUAUUUUUGGAUUGUUCCAACCAAACAAUGACUUUUUUGGUUGGAUGAUAUGCAAAUAGCUAACGGAUUUUUAGGAUCAAAACAUGAUCGAAUAAUACUAAAUAAUGUCA